UCUUACUAUAGUCCGGUCCUCGGCCUUUGUCGAGAUUUACACCAACGAUUGUGUGGCUGUGUGUAGACGGAGAGCCAGCAUCAUUGUUUCUGUUGCCUGGGCCCUAAUGCGGGUUUCACACGGGGCAGCUAGCGGCUAACUAGCUAGCUCGUGGUAGUUUAAUUGUUAUAAACAAAGCGUUUCGUUUGAACGUGUUUGCGCUGUAGGUUUUACGGCUACGUGGAGGCUAGUCUUUUGUGAUUAUUUUCUAACUCCCUACGCUGGUGAAGAUUACCAGGUGGUAAUUCCUGCUAAAGUUAGCUAUCAUUAAAUGGAGCGCCAGCGCUGCUUGCAGCCAGACAGAUUUGAUUUCACGGGCGUCAUCAAAGCUAGGGGAUCGGAGUAUGAGCGAUACGUGCCGCAGACCUAACUUCAAAGCAAAGAAUGGUCUCUUCCUGCAUUCCUCUUUAGAGUAAUCGCCCUCCUUCUCCCCCUGCACAGAGUGAACCACCACCAUGAGUAUUAUCCAGGACAAGCUAGGCAAUGAGUUUUUGCGCAAUGGAGGCAUGGACUCCAACUUUGCACCCAGCAUGCUUAUGUUCAGCCACCUGCCACCGGUCACCAGCUUUACGCGGCUGGCCUCUCAGUCCGUUAUGGGUGAACUUCCCCAAGAGAUGAUCCUGAAAAAAGAGCGCGACUCGCCUCCGGAUCAUCAGAGCACCACCGCUGCAAACACAGGGGGUUUCCUGCACAGCAUGGGCAUUAAACAGGAGCGACUAAGUGAGCUGGAUUACAGAAUGCCCCUCUAUGGUGUGGGUGGCGGAGUAGGGGUCGCCUGUCCCGGAGGAGGCUCGGGGAAAAGUGCUACUGACAUGUCGGAUAUGUCUUUUGGCAGCCAGCACCAAAAUCACCAGAACAUGCUCCUACAUGACCUCAGUCUCAACAGUGUUCGCUCUUUGGGAGAACCGAUGCCUGGACGACCAGGUAAAGAGCCAAAAGAGUCCUCAGGGAGAAGAGGGCGGAGAAGCAACGGAGAUGGGCAAGGCAAAGCUCGAAGGAAACGCAAUGAUGCUGCAAAGGCUAUGAUGUUGGAAGGAGACGGAGCCUGCCUGUCCCCGAACUCUAAACCACAUAUCUGUGAGCACUGUAACGCUGCCUUUCGCAGCUCUUACCACUUACGCAGACAUGUGCUCAUACACACAGGUGAGAGGCCUUUUCGUUGCAGUCAGUGUAACAUGAGCUUCAUUCAGAAGUAUCUGCUCCAGCGACAUGAGAAAAUCCACAGCGGGGAAAAGCCUUUCAGCUGUGACCAAUGUAACAUGCGCUUUAUUCAGAAGUACCACAUGGAGCGACACAAGAGGACACACAGCGGAGAAAAGCCGUAUCGUUGCGACACAUGCCAACAAUUUUUUUCCAGAACAGACCGGUUACUGAAGCACAAACGGACUUGUGGAGAAGCCAUAAAAAAGGGUCUAGAUCCAAACAUGCUGGAGCUCAGUGAAGCCGAGCUAGGCCAGGGCAGCUAUUCACUCUCUCAGGGAAACUCUACCACCUCUGGACGCAAGAGGGCAAAGUCCAAAAACGCUGAAGGUGGUGAACGCAAGAAGAAGAAGAACGCCUCAGCGACAGCAACCUCAUCUUCUGGGGGGAUGGCCCGUGACUUGGGCCUGCAGGACUUCAACAUGGAGCAUCCCUCGGGCUCUGAUCUUUCCAUGCAGGGACGUGCUCCCAAGUUGGUCUUUAAAAAAACUGGUCGCAAAGGGCUUGGCAAGGGCAUGCUGUCCCUGGAAGAUGAUGCAGAUGGACAAAAACUGUUGGGCCAGAAGCCCGGAGCCAUAGAUCACGUGGAUGGCUCUGGCCUUGAUAACUUGGGUCUCCUCCAGGGCGGCGGUAAGCCCGGUCCCACCACCAGCAGCAACUAUGAUGAUGCAAUGCAGUUUGUCAAAAAGCGGCGCUACCUCCAUGCGGUUAACAAUGACUAUGGAGCCGGAUCUCUUCACAUGGCGCCCCAGGGCAGCAGCGUGAUCCAGGGUUCUCUGGGGCCAGAGCCCACACUGGCAAUGCUGGACUCCUCACCACUGGAACUCAAGCACGACAAGUCAGGCAUUCCAGAUGAGGUGCUGCAGAGCCUGCUGGAUCAUUAUAGCCAUAAGCCAGAGGGAACACACCACCAUGAUGUGACUUUUGACCUGUCAGACCACCCACACCAUGUAGACCUCCAGCCAGCAGCUCCUGUUACCCCAGAGUUAGAAGACGACUCCCCUAACGGUGGUGACAAAACAGCAGUCAUGAGCGAGUACUCAAAGUUUCUGCUGCAGGCCCUGGAGCGCACCAGCCACAGUGGCCCCUUCCCCAGCCUCGGUCCAACGGGACCUUUCCCACUUCUGUCCAGCAGCUCCAGUCCCACAGGGCCCUUGUUCUCCGACAAACACGCAUAUUCCACCUCUCCACUAGAUUGCGGCUACCCGCCUUCCGUCUCCUCUCCACUACCCAUCGUCUCUUCCUCCACCUCCUCCUCAUCCUCUUCCAAGUCUCAUUAUGGAUUGCUCGUCGGGUCACCCUCCCAGACAGGCUACCACCUCAGCCUGGAUCCUACGAGCCACCAGCAGCUAACUCCAUCUCAGGAGCUAACCGAACAGUUGGAGAAGCAGCACUCCCCUGGCACCUUUACCCUCCCCCCCCAGGAGCUCACUGCCACAGCCGAGGCCACCAAGGGACAGCAGUCUAAGGCUGGAGGGGGCUCUGCACCUACCAACGGCUCCACCUACCCAGACCUGUCUCCACUGAACCCCCUUAAAGAAACCACAUACCAGAUUGAAAAUUUCGCCCAAGCCUUUGGCUCCCAGUUCAAGUCUGGACGGCGGACCCCGUUGAGCUACAGCAGUGACCCCGGGGCUGAGGUGGAGCACAGAAUACGGACUCCGGUGUCAGAAUUCUCAGGGUAUACCAGCUUGUUAGCUGACGUCAGCGAGCCAGUGAGUACAGGAUCAAAAACCCCGACAAGCCAAAGUUUCAGAUAAGGGUCAGACGACAUGAAGCCUGUGUGUGUGUGUGGGGGGGCUGUUUUUGUUACUGUCCGUUCAGCCAGCCACGUCCCCUCAUAUUCUCUAAUUUUGUUCCUGUAGCAAAGUUUGAUUUUAUGAACACUGCCAUUAAAUGUUAAUACAGAAGUGACCAGGGAGGGUCUUCUAUGGCCUCAAAUGCAAUUUUUAAACAAAUAUUCUCAUUUUUAUCAUGUAGUUGCCUAUGUUUUGUUUAAAGUAGUGAUUUUUGAUAUGACCGUACCGUAGAUUUAAAUGUAAUUUAAAAACAUUUAGAGAGUAGCUAUAAACUUGCUUGUUUUUUUUCCUUCUUCCUCCGAACCCUUGUGUUUGAUCAAUCAUCAUACCAUUGUAAAGUAAUUAUGAAUAAUGAUGAUGAUUUCAGUAAUAAUAACAUUGUGGCAGGGAAAGGCCCAGAAUUCAAAUGGCAAAAAAGUAUAUAUUGUCUGUUACAAGAAACAUGAACUCAGGAAAAUAGGCAAAAUUGUGUAAUAAGACUUUGUAUUGUGAGAUGCAAUUAGCACAGUUUUUACAGAUGUACCUUGAGACUGCGAAGCUUUGAACAUUUUUAAUUUUAUUUUAUUUGUACUUUUUAAACCAACAAAUUGACAGUACACAACGAUGUUUGGUUUUCCUGCACGUAGCUGUGUCAUGAAUACGGUACUGUUGUGUCAAUGUGAAGCCGUUUCUGCUGAGGGUCAUGUCUGCGUGAUGUCAUACAAUGUGUAGCAGAGUUCAGCCCGCUGGGCCCUCGUGGAUUAUCGUAGCAUCGAGUGAAUAAAACACGUGUGUGUGGCUACAGAAACAAGAAUACGUCGCUCAGACAGAAGUUACUGUGCCCAACUGUUACAACUGUACGUCUCUGAACGCCAGCCGGUGAUCGUCGUUCACCGCGCUGUCGCCGAAAUAUUUAUCUUUUCUAAACGAGUCACAACUUUUCUACUCCACUCCUUGCUGUUCCUUUUUUGUGUCAAUGAAAUCAAACAAGCACUUUUUUAAACAACUCA